UAUAAAUACUAGAUUUUGCAGGUUUUCUCGUGAAGGGCUCACAGGCCAAUAAAGCUCAAUACUUUCUCUCUUUCAAGAUCACUCACGCAUUUCACUCGUCUUUCCGCACUUCCCUUUUGAACAAUCUAACAGACUCACUCAACCAUUUCUAUUCUUUACCCCCACUCCCCAGUAUUUCGGUGCAACACCCACAAAACUAGUAUCUUGGUGUUUUCUCCUGCUCUGCUUUGAUCGGCUUCUGGGUACUUGAAUCAUUGUAUGUCUCUCAGUUUGCCGAUGACCCUUUACCGCAUUUCCUGCGGUUGACGACUUUGAGUGUGUGUGUGUGAUUAAGUGUCACUUAAUUUAUAUCUUUGUGUGAUCCAUACUUCACUGGGUAACUUUGAAUUGCAGUUCCCACUUUACGGGGAUUUGAGUUUACAUGUGUGUGUGAUUAGUUUAUCACUUAUCAGUUACAAUCCAAAUUGAGACAAAAAUGGAUUCAUGGUGUGCGUCCUUGAAACCAAACACCCAUUUCGGACAGCCCACUCAAGCUGGGCUUUGUAAUGGCUUUAAUGGCUUUCUGGGUCAGAGGAUCAGACAGAGUUUCGGUAACAGGUGUUGCGUGAGUCCAACUGAGAAGAGUGACAACAAGGCGAGACCUGGUGCUGUUCGUUCUGUUCUUACAUCCAAGGAAAUUGAGGAGGCUAUGACCCUGAAUAUCCCAACUUACCACAGACCAAGAGUAGACCCAAAGAAUGUUGCUUCGAUCAUAUUAGGAGGAGGUGCAGGGACUCAACUGUUUCCUCUAACCAGGAGAGCAGCAAUACCCGCAGUCCCAGUUGGUGGAUGCUACCGGCUUAUAGACAUUCCGAUGAGCAAUUGUAUCAACAGCAACAUAAACAAAAUUUUUGUGCUAACCCAGUUUAAUUCUGCUUCUCUCAAUCGACACCUUGCUCGCACCUAUUUUAAUAAUGGCAUCAACUUCGGGGAUGGAUUUGUGGAGGUUUUAGCAGCCACUCAAACACCAGGGGAAGCAGGAAUGGAUUGGUUCCAAGGAACAGCAGAUGCUGUUAGGCAAUUUUUAUGGGUAUUUGAGGAUGCUAAGAAUAGGAAUGUUGAUAACAUACUCAUUUUGUCUGGUGAUCAUCUUUAUCGAAUGGACUACAUGGACUUUGUGCAGAGUCACGUUGAUAGCAAUGCCGAUAUCACACUUUCAUGUGCAGUUGUGGAUAAUAGUCGUGCAUCUGAUUUUGGUUUGGUGAAGAUAGGCAGCAGAGGUAAUAUCAUCCAGUUUGCUGAAAAACCAAGGGCUGCUAAUUUAAAAGCAAUGCAAUCAGAUACAACACUUCUUGGAUUUUCCCCACAAGAUGCUGGACAAUCCCCAUAUGUUGCAUCAAUGGGAGUAUAUGUGUUUAAGACGGCAAUUUUACUAGACCUUCUGAAAAGGAAAUAUCCAAAAUCAAACGACUUUGGAUCUGAAAUUAUUCCUUUAGCAGUGGAGGAGCAUGACGUCCAAGCAUAUAUAUUCAGAGACUACUGGGAGGAUAUUGGAAGUAUAAAGUCAUUUUAUGAUGCUAACUUGGCCCUCACUAAGGAGUUUCCGAAGUUUCAGUUUUAUGACCCAAAGACACCUUUCUUCACUUCUCCUCGGUUCUUACCACCAACCAAGAUUGACAAGUCCCGGGUUGUGGAUGCAAUAAUUUCACAUGGAUGUUUCUUGCAUGAAUGUCUCAUUCAAAAUUCAAUAGUGGGUGAACGCUCACGGUUAGACCAUGGUGUUGAACUCAAGGAUUCCAUAAUGAUGGGUGCAGACAGUUACCAAACUGAAUCUGAGAUUGCAGCUCUGCUUGCACGAGGGAAGGUUCCGAUGGGUAUUGGAAGAAAUACAAAGAUUAGGAAGUGUAUAAUUGACAAGAAUGCAAAGAUUGGAAAGGAUGUGGUGAUAAUGAACAAAGAUGGUGUUCAAGAAGCAGACAGGCCAGAAGAGGGGUUCUACAUCCGUGAAGGAAUCGUUAUUGUUGUGGAGAAAGGUACAAUAGAAGAUGGAAAAGUUAUAUAAAUGGCUCUUACUUUCUCAAGUACAAUGACAGCAGAGUUAAAGGUGAUUUUGGCAAAAGAACCUGGAACACAAUUUGCAUUGGCAGCGAGGCUGAUAGCUUAUACCAGACUUUGUCUUCGAAAUAGGCAAGUAUCACCUUUUUGUUCAUCCUGUUCAACUGCAAACAUCCUUCAGUUAUGGUAGAAUGUGAAGCAUAUGCUCAUGGCUCAUUACUCCAUUAUACAUAAGUUUUGCCCGAGAUGUACAAAAAUAAGUUAAAGAGGGCUGUGACGCGGUGGUCGUUUCCAUCCUAUUGUAGAGGCUUUCAGUAGUAGUAUUGAACUAUUGAUUAUAAACAAUGCAAUGGCAGCCAGUUCGGGAAGUAGAAAUAUCA